CCACUGUGAGCCGAGCGUUGUAAAAUCCGACCAUCUCAUCACAGGGCCGCUCAUCAACACCGCUUCUCAUUAGAAAUAAAUGCAGAUCUGGACAGAUCAUUUAAUUUAUUUUUCUUGUUUGACCUUCCAACGAAUUAUCCAACAGAUUCAGAAAACGUAGGAAGGAAUACUGAUGGAUGACCGGCUAUAUUUUCUCUGGAGUGCCUAUAAUCUUGCUUAUGGUGUAUCAGCAAACUGUCAUUUUCUUCCCAGCCGUGAUGUUGUGACACAUCGGGGUUUCGUGUGACUGUGCAACAGGCUCCUGACGCAUAUUCAUGCGAUUUAUGGAGACGAUGAGGCAUCAGAAGGAGGAUGGAUCCUAUUCUACAUUAUGUAUUGCUGAUGAUGGUUGAUCUGAAGGAUAGUCCGCUUCUGACCAUGACACCAUCACACUGUGAUCUUUGAUCAAUAUAGCACUUUAGUGACCCGAAGGUAUUUUAGUAGAGUGCUAGCAUACGGGAAUUUAAAAUGGCAAAUCAAUUAACGGGAAGGAAAAGAAUUCCUAACCGAGAGAAACUGUCUGCGGAGGAUGAUGCUCUGAGUCAAAUAGCCAGAGAGGCGGAGGCCAGACUAGCAGCUAAACGGGCUGCCCGGGCAGAAGCUCGAGAAAUCCGUAUGAAGGAACUGGAGAGGCAACAAAAAGAGAUAUAUCAUGCACACAAGAAAUACUAUGGGCUGGACAACAAAUGGGGCCAUAUUGAACAGUGGAUGGAAGACAGUGAGCGGUAUUCUCGCCACACUCGGAGACACACUUCGAUAUCAGAUGAUGAGGAGCGCAUGUCUGUUGGCAGUCGAGGCAGUUUGAGGGGCAACCACACAGACCUCUACAGCAGCACCAGCAGUCUGCCUUCAGCCAGACUACAAAAUGGACGGCCCUCUGCACUUUUUAGUGAAAAUCCUCGAUCAAGAAGUCACAGGGGCUCACUGUAUGAAGAGAGUUCAUAUUCUGGCUCUAGGCGUUUCAGUGGGUCCAGCACAAGAGUCCCUUCAGACUACAAUGGCUUUCUUGGCUCUGGUUCGAGGGCCUCAUCUAGGGCCAGUUCAGCUCGUGCCAGCCCUGUGGUGGAGGAAAGAUCAGACUUCCUGGAGAAGGGCUCCAGGACAGCUUCAACGCUCUCUGCCGCAACUCUAGCAUCUCUGGGUGGAGGGUCAUCACGAAGAGGCAGCUGUGAUACCUCGGUUUCUGCUGACACUGAGGCGUCCAUACGAGAAAUGAAGGACUCCCUGGUGGAGGUGGAAGAGAAAUAUCGUAAGGCUAUGGUGUCCAAUGCUCAGCUGGACAAUGAGAAGACCAACCUGAUGUAUCAGGUGGACACACUGAGAGAAACUCUGAUGGAAAUGGAGGAACUUCUGUGUGAGACACGCAGAGAGUGUGAAGAGAAAACCAGGGCAUAUGAGCGAGAACAUCAUGCUCACAGUGUCCUGAAAGUCCAAUUUGAGGAGAUGAAGGAAACACUGAAGCAGAGUGAAGAGCUAUUGACGGAAGCCCAACAGUCGCAUGGGAAGCAGAAGGAUUACAUUAGAGAGAUCUCUGACCUGCAAGAAACAUUGGAAUGGAAAGAUAAAAAGAUCCGGGCCUUAGAGAGGCAGAAGGAGUAUUCAGACAUUAUCCAUGACGAACGGGACACACUCAGGGAGGAGAUUUCCCGCCUUAGGGAUGCUCUAAAGAAACAUGGAAUAGUUCUGGGAUCUAAGGUGACGACCAAUGGGGAAGUAGCAGACGGGUCGAUUGAUGGCCAUGUAAGUGCAGAACCAGCCUCCCGAUCGAUCCAAGAUGCUCACACGCCUACCAUGAGCGGAGAAGGUAUAUUAGAGGUCAGAUUGAGGAAGCUGGUGGAGGAGAGAGAGAGUUUGCUUGACCAAGUACGGAUGUUUAAAGCCAUGGCAGAGCAGAAGCAGAGAAAUGGGACAGAAGAGGCAGCAAGCACAGAUGAUGAAAAUCUACAGAACGGUCUAGACCCUCAUAUACUAGAUCUGCAGAGAGAUGCAAACAGGCAGAUCAGUGACCUUAAAUUUAAACUGGUCAAGUCUGAACAGGAGGUCACAGCACUUGAGCAAAAUAUUAUUCGUUUGGAGGGUCAGGUGACUCGCUAUAAGACGGCCACCGAAGCUGCAGAGAAAGUAGAAGACGACCUUAAAGUAGAGAAACGCAAGCUGCAGAGAGAGCUGAGAGCUGCACUUGAUCGUGUGGAUGAGGUGGAAGCAAGCAACAACCACCUUACGAAGAGACUUGAGAAGAUGAAAGCCAAUCGGAGUGCCCUGUUGGCACAGCAGUGACACCCACCUGUGCACACUUUGAUAUCUAGGUCUGGAUGUGGGCACCAAUCAUCUGUCAGCCAUAUAAGACUUAAUCCUUCAUCGAAAUGGAUCAGUUUAAUCGAAUUAGCCCAAUCAUAAUCAUGCUAAUUCCGGCUUUGUAACAUUCUAACUUCAACAAAUAAAUAUUCCAGUCAUAAAAGUCAACCUUAGACUGAGCAGCUGAACUGAAGAUUUUAAGCAGACAACACAUAAAAGACAAAUGCUUACUGGAGCUCAUUAAAGUGAUCCUGCAGUUUGGAUUCAGGGCCUUAAUGAGCUUUUAAAACUUGUUGACUCGACCGGACUGCAUUGUGGACGUCGGCGUAGAGAACAGCUUUGGCAGCAUGUUGCUUUAUGGUAGCAUGUUGGUUUAGUAAUUCAUUGGUGCGGGACAUUGAUUUACCUUAUUGGAUCAUGCACUUUAUUCUGGUAUCAGUGUUUUCCAAUUUUGUGUGGUUUGGCUCUUAAAUAUGUGUACUUGGGUAUCUAGAAGAUUCGGAUAAUGCUUAUGGUCUUUGGUUAUCUGUGUAAUCCAGAAAUUAUGUGAUCAAAUGUAUGCUAUGACAUUCAAACAGAGAAAUUGUAUUUUUUUUUAAGAAGUGCGAACAACAGACAGAGUUUGUAUGUGAUAUAUCACGAUUGUUUCAUGGAAGUAUUCAUUGUUUUAAGCUGUAGGUGUGUGCUUUGCGUACAUAAGAUGUUAUACAUUUUAGUUUACAUGCAAUAGUUGUGUAACAUAUUGUAUGGGCUACAAAAAAGCUACAAUUCAAUAAGAGGGAUCUUUAACUUUAGGGAGAAUAUUUGGGUUUAAACCUUUGUAUAAGCUUUCAAGUAUUUGUAACAUUGUCGUGUUACUCAAAUGCCUGCACUUACAUUUCGUAGUUGGAUUGGAGCACAUCAGAAGGAUUAAAGUACUAAACUGGGUUCUGGUUCACAGAUCAUAUUUUUACUUUUAUUCAAGUAACGUGGGCCAAAAAAAUUUA